CCACGCCCUGGUCCGUCGCUGCUGCACUGCCCGGGCCUGCUGGCUACAAUGUAGCGCCGCCGCGCGCGCCUUUGCAUGGCGCACCAGCCCUCUGCUAGCGCCUUGCGCAAAGUUGCAGGGUCCAUCGCUAUGGAGCCUGUGAGCAUCGAUAACUUGUCCAUUCUGUACCAAAGUGCGGACUUCAUUGUGGUUAACAAACACUGGGACGUCCGCAUUGACAGCAAAAUGUGGUAUGAAAAACUCACCCUGCAGAGCCAGUUGAAAUAUCGGUUCCCUGAGCUUGCAGACCCAGACACAUACUAUGGCUUCCGUUUUUGUCACCAGCUGGAUUUCUCCACCAGCGGGGCCCUUUGUGUGGCGCUCAACAAGGCAGCUGCUGGAAGUGCCUACAGAUGUUUCAAGGAACGGAUGGUGACCAAGGCCUACCUUGCACUGGUGAGAGGCCACAUCGAGGAGGCGAGGAUGACGAUCCACUACGCCAUCGGGAAGAACACGACAGAAGGCUUGACACACAUGAUGUGCAUUGAAGGGACGGAGGGUUGUGAAAACCCCAAACCUUGCCAGUCAGAGCUAACAGUGCUUGAGCGUGGCCUUUAUAGUGGUGAUCCAGCGACGAAAGUGCUUCUGCAGCCCCUCACAGGAAGAACCCACCAGCUCCGCGUCCACUGCAGCGCCAUUGGGCACCCGGUGGUGGGCGACUUCACGUACAGUUUCAAGAAGGACAGCGGCCCUUACCGGAUGAUGCUCCACGCUUACUAUUUGCGCAUCCCGACCAGCAAGGAGCUUAUUGAGGUGAUCGCGCCCGACCCUUUCGUCCCCACCUUGGACAGCAACUGGGCCCCUCGGCGUGCCACGCACCAACUGGAGGAGCUGAUCCAAGAACUGAAGGACCAGAGCGUCCUGGCGGAGGAAGGCAGGCAGGGGAAUCUGCUCGGGAGCCCAAGUCCCGAGGCCCCGCAGGAAGCCAAGAGCCCUGAGGUGGAGGAGUUGGAGCAGGAGCAGCGAGGGGAAUGUGAGCAGUGGCUGGCCGAGUGGGCCCUGGAAUGAGAUGGCCCACGGAUCCCUCGUGGUCAGGAAACCCCGAAUCUUUGUACCUUGUCACUACCGCUGAUUCCUGCCAGAAGCUUUCCCAGGCCUGACUCCCAACACCUGUCGUCUUGUUCACUCCCAACAUUCCUCGGAAAUGCCUCUGUGAAGGCCGCGUUCCCAAACUGGAAUUUUGACUGUGUGCUUGAUCAGCUUUUUAAUCCCGUGCCCUCAAGCUGGCUCGUUUUAGUUGCCGGAUGUGGAAGAUCACGGACUGUGGUCAGACAGGCCAGGUUUGUGCCCUGAUAUUGACACUCUUAAACCAUUGGAUUAACGCAAUUGGGGCACGGUAUCUCAGGGUGAUGUCCAGUUCAGUCAUACUUAGAGUAGACCCAUUGAAAUCAGUAGCCUUAAAAUUGCUCAUCAGUAAUACUAAACAUUUUAUUUGUUCCUGUGUAAGCCAUACUAUAGACUUUCAGAGACGAGCCACAUAGUUGGCUCCGAAUUUCCUAGCAGCCAAUGCAAAUGGAGAAGCACACAAGGUAACA